UGGGCUAUGAAAUUCUAUUGGCCCUGUACAUGUAAUGACCCCUGUAUUUAUUGGCCAUGUCCUAUAAUCAUCCAAAGGGCUAUAUUUUGACCAAUGCUGUCUCUCAUACACGGUUCAUUCCUUUUCUAUACACCUUCAAAUACACUACUAUCGCUGUAUUCGUCGAGAUAUCUGCUCUAGAAGACAACAAGUUGGAUACCCCUCUCCUGUUUGGUUACAACAAACGUUGGCGGUCGCUGUGCUCUUUGAGCUCUGAUGGAUAUCUUUUACCCUCUUCCGGAAUUGGAAAGAUGGGAUUCAGAGAUAAAGUUGGUGCUAUUCUACAGCAAGGAGGCUGUGGAGAUGUUUUGGACGGGACAAGUGAGAUAUGGAUUCUGUCAAUGCCUAGCUAUCUCGGAUUCGAGGGAAUCAAUCCGUUGACGGUAUACCUCAUUUACUCAAUCGCUACCCCUUCCUCUGUCUUCAGAUCUGAAGACGAAAGGGGGAACAGAGAACUCAGGCUUGUACUGUUCGAAGUCCACAACACAUUCGGUGAAGGUCACGUUUACUUCAUGCGUCCCGGCAUCGAAGAAGACUCUUCCCCCAAACGCAUGUACGAUCACCAAUGGACGUUCCCUCGAGCAUUUCAUGUCUCCCCAUUUAACGACCGUAAAGGUUGGUACACUGUGUCUAUUAAACUUCCUCAGUUUCCCGACGCAGAUAGAGGAAUAGAAGGGAACCCUAAACCAGUGAUCAGCAUCCAACUACGCGAACGAGCAACAAAUGCUUUGCCCCUCCCUUCCGCUCGAAACCUGCUCUUCACCCUAGUGUCAUAUCCAUUGGAACUAUUCAUGAGCAUGCCGAGAAUUCUUUACCAAGCUGGUAUACUGCACUAUAGAAGGGGGGAUGAAAAAUCUGAUCUGAAGGUGUAUAUAAGGCCAGAGCCGUUUCUCCCUCCACCUUCCUUUGCCCUUUCGUCCAAAAAUUCCGUGAACUCCGAAAUUCAAAUUUAUCCGGCUUCCGGUGCAGGUUUCACUACCCGCCGUCGUCAGCCUGGUGUUCUAGGCUCUUGGGCUAAGGAAUAUGUGAGAGCGUUCCUCCGCACUCAAGUAGAUCAGAGCGCAGAACUUGCUGUAGUCUUAAUUGGGCCAGACAUCGACACGGAAGAGUGGUUUCUUCCUGGUUCCACCUCGACUUCCAUCAACGGAAAAGGCUCCGAGACUCAUAACGCGGUUGGUCGCGGUACGAGGAUUCUUCGAAUAACACCACUGGCGCCAGAAUUCUUUGAGCUUCUUCUUACAGCGCCAAGUGCUGGGAUGAUACUUCUUGCUGGAGGCAUCGUCGAUCCUCCUGGUUUCUCAUACUCUAGGAUCCUUAAUAGCAACCGAGGCCCAAAUGACGUGUUGUUUGUGGUCAAUGAUCCAGAAUUGUUUCUAGAUGUUUUCAACGGAGCUCUUUCUCCAAGAAGCCCCUUUGGGACUCCCUCUCUAGCUCAACGUCUUCGCCUUUGGGCCAUGCCAUCAUCUCUUGUAACACUGUCACAAGCUUCUUUUGGCCCGCAAAUCAAUUCUACAUGUGAACAGGAAACAGAGAGUUGCACAUUGACUCGCUUGCUACGCAUUCCAGCAACACAUUUUCUGGACUCACUUUACCCGGGCCCUUUGUCAACGGGUUCAUCUUCAACCCGUGCUCGUUACUUAUGUCUAUCCACAAUCCAGGAAAUUCUUUCGAAUGUCGGUUUCCUUAGUCUCCUGAUGACUAUUUUGACUCUUUCGGCACUCGAGCCUCGCAUCUUUGCAUUAUUUCGUGCGAGAAUAAGCAAUGAGACAGAGACGUGGAGCGCCAAAAUCUGGGAGAGGGUAGAGCGGAGGGUUCAUUUAACGAGAGAUGAAGUUGGAGAGGUUGUACCGUAGGGGAGCGUUAUGGGGCCAGACUUUCAUUCUCCUACAAAUUGUUCAACUAAAUUAUCAAUAUAUAUAUAUGAACGACAUUGCGUUGGUUGUUUGGGCAUGAGUGAUAGAUCGAUAUUAGGUCGAAACCACCACUGCGAGUACAACGCAGACUUACUGACUUGCUGCAGAUUAUGACUUGCAAAGUUUGGAGCUAAUAAAAGAAUCAAAGGUUGC